AGGGCCGACUCAUAGAGGCAGAGUCGGCAAAAAUGUAUAGCCUCGCCUUCACCCCCCCCUCCCAUAAUAAUUGUAAUUAUCCCGCCAGUUGGACAAGUCCAAGCGAUGAUCGACACGGGCGCGUGUAUUUCAACUAUUGAUCUUAAUUUUGCACAACAAUUGCACGGGUCCAUUCACCCAUGGGAGGGAGAACCUUUAGUGGGUUUCACAGAGGAGGAAGCCCGGCCGAUAGGCACAACCAACGUUACCGUUUUUUUUGGAAACUCUGUGUGCAACAUAACGGCGGCCGUCAUGCUGAAAUCUCCGUUCCCUGUCGUCCUGUCGAAAGGGUGGGUCGACUCUGCUCAACCGGUCUUCACGUAUGAAGACGAUAAACUCGCAAUCCUCCCCCCCCUCCCCCGUACAAACAAUUUGGAAGGGUCAGUCCGCCGGAAGGGCCCAAAACCUCCCACAGCUAAGCACCUCAGCACUAUCGCAGAGUCUCCGGAAGAGGAAGAAGAGAAUCUACCACACCGUGGUCGCCUUUUGCGUCGCCACGUGCGUCCCUCUCCGGAUAUUCGAGACGAAGCGCCGACUCGUCCCAGAUCGAUAGCAUUACUAGUGUCGAGGGACGUCGUAAUACCUCCCCAUUCCGUCGCGAGAGUUUCCGGAAAACUUAUUUCGAACGAAUCCGGAGACUUGGUUUUGCAACCUUUUCUCUAUUGCGGCGUCGAGGGAGAAUUUGUGAGUCCAAGGUGCGCCGUCAAAAUCGAUGGGGGAAAAACCGAAAUCGAGGUAACAAAUAUAGGACGUUCACCAGUAUUACUGAGGCAAGGGCAGGAACUGAAUUCGAUCGACGAGGGGGAAAACGUAACCAUCGUAGCGUUGCGUGAUCAUACCUUCCAACCCCCCACAACGCCAGCCAUGGAAGACAACGAGCUUGGGGUAACACUGGAUGACUCCCUUGACGGGAGCCAAAGACGGAGACUAUUAGCGAUCCUUUCAAAGCACAAACACCACUUUCGAAAAAAAACGGAUGUCGAGGAGGUUCCGCGUGAGAAACUGCUGAACCACGUCAUCAAUACAGGAAACAGUAGACCCCUGUCCGUAGCCCCACGUAGAAUUUCACAAAAAGAGAAUAUGGUCGUAAACGAACACGUCCAAGAAAUGCGGAAGAGUGGCGUCAUUCAGCCUUCGGACAGCCCGUGGUCCUCGCAGGUCGUCCUGGUCAAGAAGAAAGACGGAUCUAUUCGAUUCUGCGUAGACUAUAGGAGGCUCAAUCAGGCUACCACUCGUGACGUGUACCCGCUCCCGCGGAUCGACGAAAUCCUAGACAGUCUGAACGGAGCGUCCUUCUUUUCUACCAUAGACUUGUACAGGGGCUAUUGGCAAGUCCCAGUCAAUAAAAGCGACGUCAAGAAAACAGCUUUCGUCACCCGGGAUGGGCUUUUCGAGUUCAAGCGUAUGCCGUUCGGGCUUUCCAAUGCACCCGCCACGUUUCAGCGCUUGAUGGAUCAGGUUCUGGCUUCACACAAAUGGCUGCAUUGCCUCGUAUACCUCGACGACGUGCUAGUUUACUCAAGGGACUUUGACUCCCAUUGCGAACGCCUAGACCUCGUGCUGACAGCCUUGGGGGAUGCGGGUUUGUGUCUCAAUGCGUCGAAGUGUUCGUUCGGUCGUCGCGAGGUUGUUUACUUGGGCCACAAAGUAAGUGGGGAGGGAAUUUCGCCGGACCCACAAAAGUCAGCGGCAAUCUCACAGCAUCCACCACCCACCAACGUCAAGGAACUCAAGCAGUUUUUGGGCCUGGCAUCCUAUUACCGGAAGUUUAUCCGUGGGUUUUCUACCGUAGCGCACCCGCUUAUAUCUAUGCUAAAAAAGGGAAUGGAAUUCGUUGGGCACGAACCGCAGAAACUUUCUUUUAAACAUCUAGUCGACGCCCUCAGCUCUCCUUCAACCUUGGUUCAUUUUGACGAAACGGCCGAACUGUUUCUCAAGACCGACGCAAGCUACGCUGGGUUGGGUGCCGUUCUGACACAAAAGAAAGAUGGGGUAGAAAAAGUCGUCAGCUUCCUCAGUAGGAGACUCCUCACGAACGAGGCAAACUGGGCGUCCAACGACUUAGAGUGCUUCGCCGUAGUAUGGGCCAUAAAGAAACUCAGGCCGUAUCUGUACGGUAGGGAAUUCACGGUCUACAGUGACAAUGUAACAGCAGUGUCACUGUUGAGGAAAAAGGACCUCACGGGUAAAUUUGCACGCUGGGUCAUGGACCUGGCCGAGUACGAUUUCAAAAUUUUGCACUGCACCGGUCCGUCUAACGUAGUUGCGGACGCACUUUCCCGAUCCCCUACAACUUCCACCUGUCCCGAUACACACCACGCUUCCUUGGAAGAUGUUUGCGAGCUUUGCUUAAAGGGAGUCUCUUUUGGGGAGGGGGUUUCCGAUUUGGUUGUGGGAAGGGCCACAGACAAAAGUUCUCUUCGGUGCCCCAGUUUCCCUCAGGAUAGCCACAUUAUCAAGUGUAAUUUUGGGGGUGAUUUUCAGCCAAGAGUUGGUAUCCUAGCCCCUCCAAAACUGUCCUGUUUUUCCCCUACCAAAAUUUACCUCGAAGAAUUGUCGCUGGCGCAACAUGCAGAUCGUACUUUUAAGGCUGCCAUCGACAGGCUACAAGGAAGAUCCCCGCAAACCCAAGACGUUUUCCGACUUAAAAAGCAAGUCCUGUAUCGACGGAACAAAAGGAAAAGCGGGCAUUCAUGGCUCCUUUGCGUACCCAAGUUUUUAAGAGGCCAGGUCGCGAGGGCUUGUCAUGUUGAUCCUUCGAGUGGCCACGGAGGCCAAACAAAAACUAUAGAAAGAAUCCUACAACGGUUUUGGUGGCCAGGUGCUACAAAAACAGCCCGACGACUGACGCGUAGCUGCCAUUUCUGCCAAUCGAGGAAAGUCCAACGUAGACGACCAGCGGGCCUACUGAACCCCAUUCCCCCGCCUUGGCAACCAUUCACGAGGUGGAGUCUGGAUCACAUGGGGCCAUUUCCAAUCACUCGAGCGGGAAACCGGUACAUCAUUGUGGCCGUAGAUUACUUCUCUAAACUAGUUCUCGCCCAACCAGUUCCGUCCUGUGCGGCAGGACCCAGCAUUACAUUCCUAAAUGAUUGGGUUAUCAACCGCCAUGGGGUCCCGCAUCACAUCGUAUCCGACCAAGGCUCCGCCUUUACUUCAGCAGCCUGGCGUGAUACGCUCUCAUCACUAGGGAUAAUACACACGCUAGCGACCACGGAACGGCCGCAAACCAAUGGCUUGGUAGAACGGCAGAACGCCGUCAUAAUGGACAAACUCGUGGCGUUCGUAGACAAGAAGGAAAGCUGGGACGAAGGCCUCCAAAGUUCAGUCUUUGCAAUCAACACCGACGUCCAUACAGCCACGAAAUUCUCUCCGUUUGAAGUCAUAUUUGGCUUCCCGGCACGCCUACCAGUCGAAACUGACUUCCCUUGGCCCGAAGAUAGUGACCCGGAAACCCGGAGAGACCACAUCUGGAGCCAAGUGAGAGAAAAUGUCAUCGCGGACCAAGCGCGGCAGAAAACAAACCACGAUGCAAAACACAGAAAAGCGGAAGAAUACAAACCAGGCGAUCUCGUGACGGUGCGGCGGAAGCAGGUGAAAAAGGGGUUGUGCAGGAAGUUCUCCCAGCGCAACAUCGGUCCCUUCCAAAUCGUGCGGAAGCUUGGCCCAAGUACCUUCGAGGUGGAAGACCUUCCAUCCCGCCGUACGGCCACCAGGUGGCGAGUGUUCAAUGCCCAUGUAGCCCAGAUGAACCGCUACGUCACCAAACAAGGCACAGACACGGAAUCAUCCAGCCAAGCAAGCCCGGAGGAGACGGAUUCAUCGUCCUCCCACUCAUCGGCCCGGUCGUUAGACGAGCAUUUUUCGUCAGCCAGCGACUCAUCAUCUAACGAGGAAUCGUCGUCUUCCCAUUCGCCCUCGGUUUCAAGCGACUCGGCAUCUAACGAAGAAUCGUUGUCUUCCCGUUCGCCCUCUGUUUCAAGCGUUUCCGGACCGUCUCCACAGCGUUUGUCUCCGUCAUCUGAUUCGUCCUCGUCGUCUUCAUCGUUCCCCUCACGGAACAACGCGAGCCCGGAACCAAGAAGCUCGUUGGAUGGCCUCCAGUCGCCGUCGGCUUCCGGUAGGAGCGUCUCUGAAGCUGUCCCGCUUUCCCCAACGAUUCCACUCGGUCUCGGAGAUUUAGUUUGGGCGUACAUCCCAGGCUACCCACUAUGGCCAGCACUCAUCACCCAAGACCCUGUCUCCUCCGUACACACCAAAACGAAGUCCGUCGGAAGAACCAAAAUUCGGUUUUUCCAUGUUGAGUUCUACGCGGACAACGGAGCACGGAGUUGGCUGUCGGCCAAAAUGUUGUUCCAUUUCAGCGGGGGCGUAGAAGAACUACUGGCAGGAAACGGCGAAUUCUGCAAGCACGUCCAAACUAAGAGCAAGUCACUUUGCCCCAUCACCUACACCACCUCAUCCCCACUGACUUUCCCUUCUACACCAAUCAACGCCACUCUGGUGUAACUGAAAUAAGCGGGGCCCUGCCUAUAUGUUGUGUUCCCUAAAUGUUAUAUUCUUUGUUGUACGUGCCUCUCUAUUCUUUAUGUUCAACGUAAUACUUAUGGAUAACGUUUUGUGCGGGAUAUGCUGUCUCUACUCCUCCCCCAGUUUCCCCAACGAAGUUUGCAAAGUAAUUAUCAGUUCUACCUUUUGUGUACGACAAAAUGAUUUAAGAAAGUAAGGUUAGGGCGUAAAAUCUUUAGUCAUUAUUAGCUAAACCCGGCGCUCUCCUUAUAUUUCUGGUUGAUGUCUGGAUUCCCACCUUGGAUUGGGUCUGUACCCAUUGUUUCGUAUUUUGUCUGAAUUUAUGUCUUGUGUUUAUGGCCCUUAAUCAAAUUGCCAGUCGAAGUUGGCUGCAUGCACCUAAACGGUGCUCUUCUUCCGGUCUGGCCGCGGGACGCUGGCCCAUCCGGGGGAGGGGGGCAUGUUACGGGCGACUCCGAGAUGGCGCGCAAGCAGCCAGAGGAGCAGACGGA